AUGGACCAGUUUGAUUUUCUCGAGGAAAGGGACGCGCCCAUCCCCAUUCUGAACAACUUCAACUUCCUGUCUGCUAACGACGAUGGUUCUGAGGAGGUGAAUAGAACAGGGGACGCGGACCAGAGAGCCAAUACCUUCAACUACGAUGCAACGGCAUUAGACCAAAUUAAUAGUCUGGCGCUGGGAGGCCAACCAGAUGACUUCCUAAAGGCCAGCCAAGAAUACACACCGGAGAAUGAGACUUCUCCAUUCACACUUGCCGAUGUCCCUGAGAUACCGGCCUCUGUGGGAAAUGGUGGAUCAUAUCAAGUCAAACAGCGACCUCAGCCUCAACGAAGAAGACAGGAGUCAUAUUUGGACGAGCUCGAUACUUUUGGAUUUGCCCCGUCCAACUUAGUGAACGACGACCAAACCCCCAAUUCGCUCACCCAAGAAUACUCCAGUCCGUCUCCAGCAGUCAACAUCAGUACAGAGACCAGCCAGAGCUACACGCCGAACUUGAAUCCACAGUACUUCUCACCCAGGCUCCAACCCGUCAAAUCCACAAGGCUACACAGACAAUCCAGUAUAAGCAAUGCGGGAAAGAGCUUCUCGAAUGCUCCUAUGGGGACCUCGUUAAACAACAUUUUGUCCCCAUCAAGCACAUACGACUUUGAUAAUUCGCCCUAUGGUUCUUUUGGAGGUAGCAGUUUCAACGAGCCGUAUUUGAACUCGCCUCUGGCAUCGCCAUCGCUGCGCGCAAUAGGCUCGCCCGCUUCGUACGGAACCCACAUGAACCCGAAAGGCCCGAUGUCAAAGGAGGGCAAGAUUAGUCGUCGUCGAGAGCUGCAUAACGCCGUCGAGAGGAGGCGACGUGACUUGAUCAAAGAGAGAAUCAAAGAGUUGGGUGCACUGAUUCCGCAGUCGUUGCUUCACGAUAAGACCAAAGACGCUAAGGAGAUCAAAGAGAUAAAGGCUAACAAGGGGUUGAUUUUGGUGAAGACUGUGGAGUAUAUUUCGCAUCUUCAGCGGAUUAUGGGUUCACAAGACGACAGACUCGAACUUCUGUUAUCCAGAAUCAGCGAGCUGGAGAUUGCUCCCAAAUAUGACGCCAGUCGCGAGCAGCUGGAUCAACAGGUGUUCAACAACAACGAUAAUAACCCGCAAGUAAAGCUUGAAGAGGAUUCAUUUGACUUUUUGAAUCAGGACUUUCUUAAGGAAACCCCUUCGGAUACGUUGAAUGGCGAAGGGUACUGGAAUGAGCUGUGA